AUGGACGUCGAGAUGGAGGAUCAGGCCGACACACAGGGUGUGCCCCGAAUGCCCCCGAGUCCAAAGCCGGAAAGGCCAUUGAGUCCGCUUUUUACUCCAGAGGGCUCAGAAGACGGCGAAGACAGUGACGAGGAAGUCAAAGAGUUGGAGACUGAAUGCACGAAAUGCAACAAGAGUGUCUCUAAGUGGCUAGACCUGAUAAUGCCACAAGAGGGAGAACGGCUCUCUAAGAUUGCACAGAUGUCUGAGGAAGAGCGAGAUCUAGUUCGGAAGCCCUACUGUUUGGAGUGCGCCGACGAUGAGGCUUGGCUCUGGCUGCUGGUCAACGCCGUGAAAGGCAACAUAGGGUGUCUAACGCCAGCCCAGCGGAGAGGAUUAACCAUCUUGUACCUCUGGGAGUAUUUUGGUUUAUGGCAAGGCAUCCAUGAGAGGAUGAUGAUCGCCGACUAUUACAAGUUCUGCCGGGGGUGCGACAAUCUCAACGUCCUUGUUGAGACUCCUGGUCAGCUCUGCCCACCCUGCAGCGCCAAACAGAAGUGCUGUAUCUGUGACAGAACCGAUAGGGCCAACAUUUACUUUGUCCCCGGUGACGGCCCCAAGAAAUGCAACAUAUGCUACCACAAGCUCAUGCGCCGGAUCGCUACUUUCCAGUCAGAUAGCCCAGCCGAAGCACCUCGUGAGCCGACAAGUGAUGACUUGGACGCGAUGUAUAACGAGUCUGUGGCGUUUGAAUUGGAGGCGGCACAUAACGAGUUAGCGGUGUCUCACACGGAUGCGACGGAGAACGAAUCUGUGUUCUCGGACUCGGACGAGGACUGA